CCUGCAACAGAGGCAAGCACUGUAGGUCUGUCAGCCUGCUCUCUACCCGUGAUUGUCUCAUUCCCGUCCGAACUUUGCAUGCUAGACUUUUGUUCGCCGGAACUCGACUCUUUGUGAACUGCCGGCAAUGCAGCACGAAGUCUCUAGUGGGCGUGGCAACAUGUCGGUCCUUUUCAAGCGUCGUUGGGCCGGAGCUUGAUGCAAGCCAGGUGCCUACCUACCUCUACCUGCAUCUUCAUCUCCCCCCCCCAUGCUCAAGAUCUGAAGCAACCACUACCAAAUACUCGAAAGUAUUGGUUGACCCGGAUUGCGCAAUUGGACCCUUUUUAUUGCGACACCGGGAAUUUUUCACAUGAGUACAGGCCAUCCCUGCCCCAAAUCGAUUUGACUUUAUAAAAACCCUUCACGCAUCAAAGCUUUGCUGUACAUCGUUUUGCAGUAUUUUCUCGGCCAGCCUACAUUAUCUAUACGGGCCAAUUCAUCGUAACACUCAUCUACUACCUUUACCUUGAUGGCUUCCGCGUCGGACCCGGAGAAGCAAGAUGCAGCGCCGACUGGUGUGUCCGGGACGGCAGGAAUUGCGUCUCAGCGAGAACAAAUAGCACUAGGAAAGGAUGAUGUGGCCAUCAUCCCCAAGGGAGCACUCGAUCCUGUGUACGAGGCCAAGGCUCGAGUCCUAAACAGAGCGGUAAACGCUUCUUGAACUCAGGCAUCCUUCGCCAUCGCCUUGCGGUUUGUCACAUAAAAAGCUGACGCAACUGUACUUGGUCUCACCGACCUACAGAUUCAGGAUAUUGGCAUGGGUUGGUAUCAAUGGCAGCUUUUCGUCGUCGUUGGUUUUGGCUGGGCCAGUGACAACCUCUGGCCCAUUGUGACCUCGCUCAUCUUUACGCCCAUCGCCAAUGAGUUUGGUCCUCCGAAACCGCCGCUUCUUUCCUUGGCUCAGAAUAUUGGACUCCUGGCGGGCGCUGUAUUUUGGGGAUUUGGCUGUGAUGUCUUUGGAAGGAAGUGGGCGUUCAACCUCACACUGGGCCUAACAGCGGUCUGGGGAAUGGUGGCCUCCAGCGCACCGAGCUUUGCAGCGAUAGGCACGUUUGCUGCCCUUUGGUCUUUUGGCGUGGGAGGAAACCUGCCUGUCGAUUCCGCAAUAUUCCUCGAAUUUCUGCCCGCGUCGCACCAAUACCUUUUGACGAUACUUUCAAUCGACUGGGCUCUGGCCCAAGUUGUGGCUACUUUGGUCGCAUGGCCACUCCUCGGCAACAUGACAUGCCAGCAAGGCCAAACGUGCACCAGAGAGUCCAACAUGGGAUGGCGUUAUUUCGUCAUAGCAAUGGGCGGAAUGACACUGGUCAUGUUUGUCAUCCGUUUCGCCUGCUUCACUAUCCACGAGUCCCCAAAGUAUCUCAUGGGCAAGGGCCGCGACGAAGACGCCAUUCGUAUUGUACAAGAAGUCGCCCGGCGCAACGGCAAGACCACACGGCUCACCAUCGAAGACCUACGCGCUUGCGAGCCCGAGGGCUACGUCGCCCAAACCGGAGCCACGGCGGCCAUGAAACGCCACCUCCUGGAGAACAUUGACGGCAGCCACGUCAAGACUCUGUUCUCCUCGCGCCGUCUGGGCAUCAGCACUGGCAUGAUCAUGGCCAUAUGGGCACUCAUUGGCCUCGCAUACCCACUAUACAACGCCUUUCUCCCCUUUAUACUAAGCCAGCGAGGGGCAGUCUACGGCGACAGCAGCACAUUCAUCACAUAUCGCAACAGUCUCAUCAUAGCUGUACUGGGAGUUCCUGGCGCCCUGCUGGGUGGCUUGCUGAUCGAGACGCCGUACGUCGGGCGCAAGGGGACUCUGGCCGUCAGCACGGCGCUCACGGGGGUGUUCCUGUACGGCACGACGACGGCCGAUUCCAGCAACGGGCUGCUGGGCUGGAACUGCGGCUUCAACUUUGCCAGCAACGUCAUGUUUGCCGUCUUGUACGGUUACACACCGGAGCUGUUCCCGACACCUCAGAGAGGAACGGGCAAUGCUCUUGCAGCCACUUGCAAUCGGAUCUUUGGAAUCAUGGCGCCUAUUGUCGCCAUUUUUGCAGAUCUACGAACAGCAGCUCCGGUCUAUACCAGCGGUGCCCUCUUUAUAGGUGCGGGGUGUUUGGUGUUGCUACUUCCGUUUGAGUCAAGGGGGAAAGCCGCACUCUGAACCAGGCGAAGGAGCUAGAUCAGUUUUUAUAUAUUUUUAUCCGGUUUAUACUACACCACUCCAUGGGAAGUGACCAUCCAGCUUGGAAACUCACUGUCCCAUCCGAUUCCCAGAAUGACAAGGCAGAAUCUCCCUACGACAUACUACAUCUCUCAAGCAGCAUCGUGCCUUGCCACAGCUUUGCGCGAGAAACACAGCCGAGUUGGGUCACAAGUACUCCCGCCUAUAAGUCGCCACUGCUCGCCAUUCUGUCAUUGGGGGUAUGGACAGGAUCUACUGUCUUGACAUCUGCACGGGUAGGUUGUCGACUCGUUAUACUUGGCAAGUGGCAGUCCGUGGCAAUCAAAUCACUCAAUUAGGUUCUGUGAGUUCAAUCACACACGAAUCCUCAGUCGUAAGAUGUUGAAUACCAGGAGAUUAGUCAGAGACAACAAGACGUCAACCUUCCGUCAUUCGAUUUCUCAUGACACGAACGCCCACCGACAAGGGCGAUAUGUCAUAACAAGGCCGAAGGCAUGCCCUUGAUUAUGCCAGUAUAAGCAGAUGUGACGAAGUGAACCAAAGAGGCAACUCCGCCUCGUAUCAAAAGAGAAUAAAGCAUUUCAAAUCUCCCUCUCGGAGGCCCAUGUGUCAAGGCAUUUACAGCGCCACGAUGC